AGAAAAAGAAACCCAGCAUAUAACCGAUUCCACAUACAGUAGUAUCUUCUCACCUGCUUAUACACUCUCUCCGUCUCUCUCUCUCUCUCCCUCUCUCUGUCUCUCCGCAUAGCUUUCAUCUCUUAUCGUUGUUAUACAUACGGAGAAAGUAGGUAUAAGAUGGCUCUGAUUCAAUCAUUUCCUCAAUUGCGCUCAUCUCCAUUCAAUUCGCUGCCGCCGCCUUCUUUUCCGACUCGAUUCGCCGUUUUCCGCUGCUCUAUCGCUUCUCCGUCCGCCGUCGUUAAUGUCAGCUCCGAAGAUAUCGCGACGAAGAGGAACAAUAUACGUCUAGGCUUGCCUAGUAAAGGGAGAAUGGCUACUGAUACUCUCGAGCUUCUCAAAGAUUGUCAAUUAUCAGUGAAACAGGUUAAUCCUCGCCAGUAUGUUGCCGAAAUUCCGCAGAUUGAAAACUUGGAAGUCUGGUUUCAACGACCAAAAGAUGUUGUUCGUAAAUUGGUGUCAGGAGAUUUGGACAUUGGUAUAGUGGGUCUUGAUACUGUUAGCGAAUUUGGACAGGGAAAUGAAGAUCUUAUUAUUGUUCAUGAAGCACUUGGAUACGGAGAUUGUCAUUUGUCACUAGCAAUACCCCAAUAUGGGAUUUUUGAAAAUAUUAAUUCACUGAGGGAUCUAGCACAGAUGCCGCUUUGGACUGCUGACAGACCCCUACGAGUUGCAACUGGCUUCACUUAUCUGGGUCCAAAAUUCAUGAAAGAAAAUGGACUGUGUCACGUUACAUUUUCAACUGCUGAUGGAGCUUUGGAGGCAGCUCCUGCGAUGGGUACAGCUGAUGCAAUUGUAGACCUUGUUAGUAGCGGAACUACUUUGAGAGAGAACAAUUUGAAAGAAAUUGAAGGCGGAGUUGUUUUAGAAAGUCAGGCUGUUCUUGUUGCCAGUAAGAAGUCUUUGAUCCAGCGUCAAGGGGUGCUGGACACGAUACAUGAAAUCCUUGAGAGAUUCGAGGCACAUUUAAGAGCAGCUGGUCAAUUUACGGUAGUUGCCAACAUGAGAGGAAGCAGCGCAGAGGAAGUAGCUGAACGAGUAUUGAGCCAACCAUCGUUGUCUGGAUUGCAGGGGCCCACUGUAAGUCCAGUUUUCUGCAAACGUGAUGGGAAGACAACUGCUGAGUACUAUGCUAUAGUCAUUUGUGUACCCAAAAAAUCUCUUUACAAAUCUGUUCAGCAGCUGCGAGCUAUUGGAGGCAGCGGGGUCCUUGUUUCUCCCUUGACCUACAUUUUUGAUGAAGAAACUCCAAGGUGGCGUGAACUUCUUUUGAAGCUGGGGCUUUAGCGAUUUGAUGUUUCGCGGUUUAUCUAGUAGAAAUGUUUGGGGACAGGAGACUGGAAAUUGAGGCUUCUCAGUAAGAGAUCAAAGAGUUUGAAAUUUUGGUACUUCAUAGUUUUAGAUAUGUAUCUUCUGCUGUAGAGUAUGUUGUAUUGCUUCAAAUUCAAAGUGUUUCCUUGGAAUCAAUUUCUUUCUGUAUUUUCCUCUUUAAACAUUUGUUUGUGUGAGGCAUAAUAAUAUCAGUAGCUUCUUAAGAAGAUAAGAUGCUAAAAUGUGUUAAACAUUUCUUUUAGUUGUAUCUGUGACAUAAAUAUAUGCCCAUGGGGUUUUGUGUA